AUGAAGGCUGCUGCAGAAGAAGCGGCGCCACAGCCCGCGCAAAAGGUCGCCGUGCCGCCCGAGAACGCCGACGGGGGCAACAAUCAAGCCGCGAUUACGCCGGAUUCCCCCCGGGAGACGGCGGGAUUCGGGUCGGACAACGACAUCGGUGGCCUCUCAGAAGACGCGGUCACGAGUAGCACCGCCGCCGCCGCUACUCCUCCUCCUGCCCCGACUCCCACCCCGACUCCCACCCCGACUCCCCGGGAGCCGAACGACAAGGACGCCGCGGCCACGCCUGCGUCUACGUUACCACCGCAGGAAUCAGGGUCGGACGCCGCCUCGAGGACAAUCUGCCUCCGCCUCUUGCCUGGGACCAAGCCGAUCGGCCCGCUUCCGAGCCUUGCCGGCUGGGGUGGGGUGACGAAAGCGGCGGCGGCGUCGACAGGCGGGCAAGAAAUCGCCGGGAGUGGAACGCCACCUCCUCCGGAAGCCGCUGCUGUUAGUGGCCAGGCGGACGCGGUGUUGGUCGGGGAGAAGGUCGGCGGCGGCGGGCUGGGGGUGUUGCCAUCGGCAAACAAGGUGGUGGAUCUCAGGGAGGUGAAGAAGGUCAAGCCUGGACCGCUCGCGGCGUCGGCCCCAGUGCCCGACGAUUCGGAAGGGGAGGAGGAAGGGGCCGGGGGACCGGUCAAGAUAGACAUAUCCGCGGGAAAGCGCAUGAUAGAGUUCCAGCUGAAGCAGAACGCGGCCGAGGAGAAAAGGGAGGCCGCAAGGGUCAAGAACGAGAAGGGCAGGGCAGACGCGGCUAUCGCGGAAGGAUCCCAGCGCAUGCUGGCGCAGGUCAACGCGCGAAUGGAGGCGCAGAGGCGAGGACGCGGCGGCGGCGGCGGCAGCGGCGUGCUCGGCUCGUGGGGAGCCACGGAAGAAAACGCCGCGAGGCAAGACGACAGCACGACCGUUCACGCGAUCGACCAAAGCCAGAUCAGGAACCUGGCCGAGAAGCACGGGAUCGUCGUGAGGUUCGUGGACGACGGCGCCGCCUCCGGGGUUUCCCAGGAUGGCGGCGGCUGUUCCGACGGGCACGGCGAGGAGGAUGAGGCCCUUGCUGCAGGGGGGAGCAGGGGAGCGGCUCGGGGUGCAUCGGCGACGCCACCGCCGACGCUUUCGUCUCUCCGGACCCAGGCUGCUCCGGCAAGGAGGAGCCCGUCCCCGACUCCGCCGGUGCCUGCGAAGGCUCUUCCCAGGAAACCCUCCGCAGUUCCGGCGGCGGCAGGGGGAAUAUUCAGCGGCCCCGCCCGCAUGAUGCGGCGGGCUCUGGAGGCUAGCGGAGGUUGCGUGCCGUCGGGGAAGGACGUUAGUCCGGUAGCCGAUCGCGGUGGGGACCGCGCUUCGGCGCCGCCCGGCGACAACCAAGGGGGGUCGGCACCGCCAGUGGCAGACGCCCGAAAGGUUUUGGCUCCGACGGCGGGAGCGGCGCUUGUGGGGAACGGCCAGCGAGCGAGGGGUGUGGCGAGUGGCGGCAACGACUCGAUGUCCGGCAAGGGCGAUGGUGCCAUCCGGCCCCGCCCCGGCUGCGCGGAGAGCAGCGCCUGCAGCGUGGGCGCAGCAACGGCAGCAUCGAACGCGGUGAAGGGUAUCGUUGCGCCAGGGCCCGCUUCGCGUGCCGCUAGAUCGCACGGCGAGAGCUCUCGCAGGAGCGAAGGGGGAAGUAGAGUUGGUGCUGCUGCUGCUGCUGCGGCGGCGGCGGCGGCGGCUACCGCUCCCGACAGCAGCGCGGGGAAGCUCGUGGGGCGCAAGCGACGAGCGACGAUGGGAGACAGCAGCAACCGAGAGAGAGGAGGGGAGGGGAAGGGGGCGCACGACGCGAGAGCAGCAACACGCAAGCGUGCGGUGGAGGGCGGCGGCGGGAGCGGUAGAGUAGGCGGAGGAGGGAGAAUGGAAGGUCGAUUAGGGCAUAGAGGUGUUGGUCCCUCGGGGGAGGAGGAUGGGGAGGGGGCGGCGGCGGUGUCAGCGCGGACGUCGCCGGAAGCGAUGGCAACCCCAACAGUGCAGAGCAGUGCGCCGAAGAGGAUGCGACUCGUGGCCCCCAGCGGCGUUGUGGUGUCCCAGGCUUCCGCUACACCAACAACGAAGUCUGGUCGAAGAGCGAGUACUGGAGGAGCGGGGUGGGGAGCAGGCAAUAACAACCUGUUCAAGGGUGCUAUGGCCGGCAUCAUUGGCAGAGGAAAGCGGCCGUCCCCGUGAAGCUGCCGAACCGACUGAGAGAGGACCAAGGGUGGGCGGGCAGGAACGGGUGCAAUGUUUUCCCCUCGCACACCACCAAACACUUGCCGUUUGGAGCGAGCGUCACCUCUCCGCGGUUGUUUUGCGUUGGCGGCAUCGGGCGUUGCUCGCGUUUCCCCCUUGCCCGUACGCCAAUGGUGCCCGGGUGCACUUGAGCAGUAGUAGUAGAGAAGCCCGGCGUACUUGUGCGCCAUAUGCGCCAGCAGCAAUCGUCCACCUAGAGUAUGUUUCUCGUCUUGACUCAGUCGUGGGAUUGAGAAAAAAAAAUGUGGCCGUGCUGUGUGGAGUAUUCCGGGAUUUUGUUGUGUUCUUGUUUGCUAGUGUGUUCUCAGCGUGGGUAUAGUGCUGGGAGGAGGAACGCGUUUGUUUGGGCAUACUGGUGUGUGUGCAGACGGCAGCUUGCAGAGUUGUGGCUGCUGCUCCUUGUAUUGUCUCUUCGCUGUUUCAUGUACGGCAGGUCCGGUGAGAGCGCUGCAUUGUAGUGGGAGUGGCACGAAGUAGACGCACGCCAACUGGUCGCCCAACCACCGAUAUGGUUCUGGUCAGGACGACAGCGGCCAGGCAUGAAACAGAGCGACGAGAACUCCUUGUUGGGUCCCGCUCAGCUUCAUGCCUUGUGGUGUGCCAUGCCAUCACCUUCCUUUUUUGUACACAUAUUGUUUGUGGGUGUCGUCGUGUUGGUGGUGCUUGUACAUGUACAUGCCCAUCGUUGCUCCCCGCAUCGUAUUGUGGCGUAAAUUGAACGUGUAAGCUUUGUUGUCGUUGUUGUUGAUAUUAUCGUUGUCAUGGUCGUGGCACUGAUUAGGAUAGGAGGUACACCUUGUUGUGGUCCUGCUUAUAGGCGUCAUUUUGUUCCUGAUGAUACCUCGCGCUGUUGUUGUGUGUAUGAUGCCUCCUGCCGUGCUCUUGAGGUACGCAUCGGAACGAUUUGGCGUGGUGUUCAUUUGACAGGUGGUUUUUAUCGGUUCGUUGCGUUUUGAUGGAAGUCAGUUAGCUUGGCGUUGGUCCCGCCCGUUCAAUGGCAAGCCAGCGGGAAGAGAGGGCUGACAAAUAUGAGUGACUUCUCCAG